AUGUAUUGGAGCACAUGGGCUACCCUACUGAGCGUCGCCAUCAUUGUUGAGAGCAUCACUCUCGAAAAAUGGACACAGUUGGCAGGUUAUUCAGUACUUGUAGUAGAGCCACCACAGGGUGAGGAGGCACCGCAGGAUGAGCAUUCCACAGACUCUAUACCACAUGCCCCUAUACCACCUAUGCCUGAGGCCACAUCUACUGUUCCACCACCUACACCUCCUGUUCCACUAGCUACAUCUUCCACAUCGGAGCCUUUCAUGACCAUAUCUGCCACAGAGUUUCGUGCCAUGAGAGCCCCACAACAUCUAGAGAAUCCAGACCAGCCACAGGAGCCAGUUCAGAUACCUGCUGACACUCCGCCACCUGCCCUUGCAGUGGCCUCUACAGAGCAUAUACCAGAGGUUGCACCCUCUGCUCCUCAGGCCACACCACAGACUCCCCCUGUUAUUCCACCCAUAUCAGAGCCAUCUCCUUCAGCUGAGCCAAGGAUUGCUAUAUCUAUUAUCGAGUAUAGAGGCCUAUGCAAUACUUUCCAGGCAUUGGCCACUUCUCAUAGCAUCCUCACUCAGCAGAUCACAGCUCUCAGUGCUCAUCAGGAGUAG